UUUUUUUUUUUGUGCGUAAUAUGGAGCAUGCUUUUUUUUUUUCUUCCCGAGCCAUUUUUGUUAUCAGUUUUGCGUCUUCCUCUGGUGCAACAGAAAGAAGUGUAUAAAACCUAGUCCUCAUGUCACAGCCGCCACAAAGAAAGAGCAGCUUAAUCAAUACCAGAAGGGAGGAUGAUGACGAUUUGACAACACCUUUGUUGAAUAAUACUUCAACCGCUAGUCAAUCAUUUGUUGGCCAUCGAGACAUUCCAAAUACACCUGCUGGUUCCUAUAGUAAAUCACCCAAGUACAAUACGUCUCGGUCUUUCCCUCAAAGUCAUUCCUAUUACAAUACCUUCAUCGAACAGCAGCAGCAGCAACAAUAUCAACAAAGACAAAAACAACAGCACACACAGGCUCUCUUACAACAGCAGCAAGCCCAACAGCCUCCACCAAAGCGUAUCGUGGGGCAUAUUCUACCACCGGGUCAGUCUACUACUAAUUCAACGUUUGGUCAUCAACAACAGAGCAAUGCUGCUGCCGCUGCCGCUAGAAAUAAAUUGCCUAUGCGUACGACCAAAAUAUCACAAAAAUUAAAAUUAUUCCCUGAAGAUGAACAACUAUUUGCAGAACCCUCAGAAGAAGAUGAAGAAUCGUCGGAAGAACUGGAUAACGAUGUUUAUAACCAGAUUGCAAAGAUUCCUCAUGGUAAAGCAAGACAAGAAGCCAAAUUAUUGAACAAGAUGGAUCGUAGUGAGCUCAACAGAAUGACAGCUUACUGUACAGCUUCAGCUUAUCGCAUGGAUGAUUUAGUCAAGUUCUUGCAAUCCAAAAAGAAAAGCAACGGCACAGCGCCCAAGAGAUUCGAUGAGUGUUUAUAUACACCCUAUUCAUUUACCUAUCCAAUGGCACCACCUAGCUAUACAUACAACAGCAACAACACCAAGACAACUACCUCCGAUAGUAACAAUAAUAACACGAGUACAAAUAGUACAGCUUCGGCACCUAUGUCGGCAGCGACAAGUCAAAAGAUACCUGAGAUGUUUUUAUUUGAUUACGGUGUCAUUGUAUUCUGGGGCAUGACAUUGAAAGAGGAACAGAGGGUUUUGAAACUACUUGUUCCUUUUGAAGAGGAAAAACUAGACGUGGACGAUGUUGAAACAGAAGAGUUCCAUUACUACUACAAUGAAUCUUAUCAACCUCGUAUCUACAACGACAUCAUCACAUUAAGACACCCUUCGAAUUAUCUCAUUAAAUUGACUAUAUCUCAUGCCAUUGCUCAAAGUGUGAAAAUGACGCUCUUUGAAAGAUUGAUUGAUGAUACCAUCAAUGAAACCAAAUAUAUUCCUCAAGUAAUGGCUGAAGAUGGUAACAUUCAACUGUCACGAACGGCUAUUACAAAGAAGAUUGGCCAACUAUUUAUAAUGAGAAUCAACGUGAAUUUAGUGUCGAAUAUCUUGGACACACCAGAAAUUUUCUGGUCAGAGCCUACGUUGGAGCCACUGUAUAGUGCUAUACGUGGCUACUUGGAAAUAUCCCAGCGUGUAGAAUUGUUAAAUCAGAGAGUAGAAGUCAUCAGUGACCUGCUGGAGAUGCUGAAGGACCAUUUGAAUAGCUCCCAUGGUGAGCACUUGGAAUGGAUUGUUAUUUGGUUGAUUGGUAUGGAAAUCUUGGUGGCAGUCAUUACAACUUCAUUAGAUGCGUUUAGUUUGUAUUAUAACAAAGAGUAAAUCCGUUGAAUAUCAUUUUGUCUCGACGCAUGUUCAUAACUGUUGCAUUUAUAUCAUCAAAGAGAAUAAAAGCUUGUCUUAAUGUCUUUCAUGCCUACAACCUCCUCCUGGCUCAUAAAUUGAGGUUAAUACGUUAGUAGUCUCUUUAUUCUUCUAGUCCAAUUCUAUGGUAAGGCACCCUUUUCAUAGCAUAUGAAUAACCACAUCGCUGUAGAUCUAUUCCCAAGAAGACUUUGUAUAUAUUUUAAUAGCCUUGCCUUAUUCGAUCAGUUCAUUCGGUAUAUGUUAUGGCUUGCUUUUCAAACAGACAUAGUUUUUUUUAAAAAAAA